AUGGCUGGAAAGGCGCCUCGCAAGAAGAGUAGCAGACGCCGCAGAAACUCGUUAGCUUCGUCUUCGUCUUCGUCUUCGUCUUCGUCAGACAGUUCUUCGUCCUCGUCAUCCUCGGACUCGUCGUCCUCGGAUUCCGACUCGGACUCAGACUCGGCCUCGGCCUCAGCCUCAGACACGAAAUCGACCAAGUCCUCAGCCAAGUCGGCCCGCGGCCGGCGGUGCGCCAACCCGUUCCCGCACCAGACGUCGGCGGCGGCGCAGGAGUGGAAGCGGCGCAAGAGGGACUUUGGCGACAAGAACAAGGUCAUCGACAAGCUGAUGAAGUACGAGGGCCUCGACGAGGUCAAGCAGCAGUUCAUCGACAUCGCGGCCAAGGCGGAGCUAGCCAAGGUGCAGGGGCGGCGGCUGCGGGCGCACGAGCGCUUCAACGCCGUGUUCCAGGGCAACCCGGGCACGGGCAAGACGACGGUGGCGCGGCUGUACGCGGCGCUGCUGCGGUCGGUGCGGCUGCUCAAGAGCGACACGGUCAAGGAGAUGUCGGGCACCGAGAUCGGCAUGAGCGACGCGCGCGAGACCAAGACCAAGAUCGACGACCUGCUCGAUGACGGCGGCGGCGUGCUGUUUGUUGACGAGGCGUACCAGCUCACGGCGUCCUACGCGGGCGGCUCCGGCCGCCAGGCCCUCGACGUGAUCCUGACGGCCAUGGAGAACAACAUCGGCAAGCUGGCGGUGGUGUUUGUCGGGUACCGCGACGAGAUGGAGGCCUUCCACGAGCACAACCCGGGCUUGGCGAGCCGCAUCCCGUACGCGCUCGACUUUGCCGACUUUAGCGACGGGCAGCUGUGGAAAAUGUUUUGUGAUAACCUGCGCGCGCAGUUCAAGGGCCGCAUGCGCGUCGAGGGCGGGCUCGACGGCCUGUACGUGCGCAUCGCGAUCCGGCGGCUGGCACAGGCGCGGGGCCGGCGCGGGUUCGGGAAUGCCCGGGCCGUGCAGAACCUGCUGGCGCGCAUCUCGGGGCGCCAGGCGCAGCGGCUGGCGCGCGAGCAGCUGGCGCGCGGCAAGAAGGGCAAGAAGAAGGACUGCUUUAUGCUGACGACGGAGGACCUCAUCGGGCCGGACCCGGUCGACGCGGUGCGCGCGAGCCCCGCGUGGGCCGAGCUGCAGGCGCUGGUCGGGCUCGAGGCCGUCAAGGACAGCGCCCGCAGCAUGAUGCGCAUGAUCCAGCUCAACUACCGCCGCGAGCUCGACGAGCUCAAGCCCCUCACCUUCCCGCUGAACCAGGUCUUUGUCGGCGCCCCCGGCACGGGCAAGACGACGGUGGCUAAGCUGUACGGGCGGAUCCUGGCGGACCUGGGUCUGCUGAGUCGAGGCGAUGUGGUCAUGAAGAACCCCUCCGACUUCAUGGGCUCGUGUCUUGGCGAGUCGGAGAACAAGACCCGCAGGAUCCUCGACGCGACCGUAGGCAAGGUGCUAGUGAUCGACGAGGCGUACAUGCUCGACGCGGGGUCCGGAGACACAGGCUCGAACCAGCAGCGCAAGGACAGCUUCAAGUCGGACGUCAUCGACACUAUGGUGGCCGUGGUCCAGGGCACGCCGGGCGAGGACCGGUGCAUCAUCCUAGUCGGGUACGAGGACAAGAUCACCGACAUGUUCCGCAACGUCAACCCGGGCCUGGCGCGGCGGUUCCCCAUCUCGCGCCCGUUCCGCUUCGACAACUUCAGCCUCGCGCAGCUCGAGCUGAUCCUAGCCAAGAAGCUGGGCGAGCAGGACCUACGCGCCACGCCCGCUGCCCUAGCCGCCGCCCGCGCCGUCUUCGAGCGCGGCCUCAUGCGCCCCGACUUCACCAACGCCGGCGAGGUCGACAGCGCCCUCGCGGCCGCAAAGAUGAACUACGAAAUGCGCCAGUCCAAGGCCGGUGCGUCGGGCGUCGUCGACGGCCUGCUCGAGCCCCAAGACUUUGACAAGGACUUUGCCCGCGGCGGCGCCGCCAGCGCGGCCGCGGCAGCAGCCUCCGAGGCCGUGUACCGCGCGACGCUGCAAGGCCUGGUGCACGACACCAUCAUCGACAAGCUGGCGGGCUACCAGCGGCGGUGCGCGAAUGCGCACAGGCAAGGGCUGGACCCGCGCAAGCUAGUGCCAACCAACUUCGUCUUCUCAGGGCACGCGGGCACGGGCAAGACGACGGCGGCGCAGCACAUGGGCCGGCUGUUCUACGACAUGGGGUUCUUGGCCACGGCCGACGUGGUCGAGUGCACGGCGACGGACCUGAUCGGCCAGUACAUUGGGCAGACGGCGCCCAAGGCGCGGCGCCAGCUCGAGCAGGGCCUGGGCAAGGUGCUGAUCGUCGACGACGCGCCGCGCCUCGCCCCGCAGGGCGGCGCGCACUUUGCCGCCGAAGCCCUCGACGAGCUGGUGCACUUUCUCAACCGCCCCGCGCACGCUGGCAGGGUCGUCGUGGUGCUGGCCGGUGACGUGGAAGGCAUGCAGGCGCUGCUGGCGCGCCAGCCUGCCCUGGCGGGCUUGUUCACCGAACACGUCGUCUUCGACCACAUCCCGCCAGCCGACUGCCUGGCAAUGCUGGAGCGUGAGCUCGCCCGCAGCCAUGUCGCGGUCGAGGCGGGCGCCCUGGCUAAUGCGGCGUCCCCGGCAAACCGCGAUGCCGAGAGCUUGCUGCGCACCCUGCAGACGCUGCCUGGCUGGAGCAACGCGAGAGAUGUCAAGCAGCUAGCCCAACGCGUUCUGGGGGCCUACCUCGAGACGGCGCCGGCACCGGCUGAGGCGGCGGAAGAUGUUGUCGAUGUAGAUGUUGUCGAUGUAGAGGGCGAGGCGGCAACUGCGCGCAGGGUGCCGGCCGAUGUAGUGCUGGUAAGUCUCAGGGGGCUGGUUGAGGAGCGGCAGGCUCGAGCGGCCAAAGCCAAGGCAGAACCGGGGAAGAAGACUGAGGAGAGAGCGGACCAGGAGCCGGCGGUGGCGUACCGCGAGGACGAGCAGACCAAGACCGAAAUCCACACCACCCACAAGGUCAACGAGGCAAAGCACGACCACCGGGAGGAGGAGGAGUCGCAGGCCGGCGGCAAGAAGAUGCAGGACGUGCAGCAAGCGCUGCGGGCCAUGGGCCGCUGCGUUAUGGGCUUUGCCUGGCACCGCGAGGGCAGUGGCUGGCAGUGCGAUGGCGGGUCUCAUUUUGUCACGGAUGCCGAGCUGAGCAAGUACAUGGGUUGA